UUCACUUCUCUUACAAAACAUCAUCUCCUUCUCUCUAGCUACAACUGCUCUUAACUUAUCACUCAUCAACAAUGGGAAGAACACCUUGCUGCGACAAAAAUGGCCUCAAAAAGGGACCGUGGACGCCCGAAGAAGACGAGAAGCUCAGUCGAUACAUCCACGCCCACGGCGCCGGAAAUUGGAGAAAUCUUCCCAAAAAUGCUGGUCUUCAAAGAUGUGGGAAGAGUUGUCGAUUGCGAUGGACUAAUUACUUAAGGCCAGAUAUAAAGAGGGGAAGAUUCUCAUUUGAGGAAGAAGAAACCAUUAUCCAACUCCAUAGUGUUCUUGGCAACAAAUGGUCGGCCAUAGCUGCACGUUUACCCGGGAGAACAGACAACGAGAUCAAAAACUACUGGAACACCCACAUCCGCAAGCGCUUGCUCAAGAUGGGGAUCGACCCGGUCACCCACGCCCCGCGCCUCGACUUGCUCGACCUCUCCUCCCUCCUCACCUCGCCCCAGCUCAACCUACCGAGCCUCCUCCGCCUCCAGACGCUCCUCAAUCCCGAGGCGCUGAGGCUCGCCAUGACCCUCGCAUCAACCACCGCCGCCGCCAAUGAUUCUCAGCUGCUGAACUCACACGUUCAGAAUCAAAUCAAUCAGUUUGAAAACACUUUCGAUCAACAAAUUCCACCAAACAUCGAUGAUAAUUCGUUUCAAUUUCAGCCGAUGUUUCAAGAUAAUUCGAUGCCUGGCUUCGGCUACCAAGUUCCGGAUCAAAUUGGAGCCGAUUUUUCCGAAAAUUCGAGCUUUCAAUCGACGAACACAAACACCAACACCAACAGCAGCAAUAGCAAUAGCAAUAACAACAAUUUUAACAUGGAUUCGGUGUCGUUGUCUAGCGCUUCUACGCUUAACAAUGGCGGCGGGGAAGAUGAGAGGGAGAGUUUCUGCAGUAAUCUGUUCAAGUUUGAGAUUCCGGAGAGUUGGAAUAUUGAAGAUUUCAUGUAAAUUUAGGAGUUUUUUUUUCUUUUCUUUUUUUGUGUUGUCUUUUAGAUUGGUUUUGAUUAUACAAUGUUUAGAUUUCAUACAUUAGUGGGAUUUUUUUGUGAUCUUAUGUAUGUAUACUUUGUUACA